CGGCUUGGUUCCGGCUCAGCCUCCGACUCCGGCUCCGGCUUCGGCUCUGGGAGGGCGGGGGAGAUGCUGCGGUCGCCCAGGGGGCUGGCCGGGGCCGCAUUCUUGAAACUCGCAUUUGCGGCGCGCACCAUGGCUGGAGAGCCCACGGUCUUGCUCCCUGAACUCCGUUCGCUCCUAGCCUCGGGCCGGGCCCGGCUCAUCGACGUGAGAUCUCCGGAGGAGGCGGCAGCUGGCACCAUCCCUGGGGCGCUCAACAUCCCGGUGUCAGAGUUGGAAACUGCCCUGCAGAUGGAGCCAGCUGCUUUCAAGGCUUUGUACUCCACCGAGAAACCAAAGCUGGAAGAUGAGAACCUCAUUUUCUUCUGUCAGAGGGGCAAGCGGGGAUUUCAGGCCACGCAGUUGGCCCGGGGCCUUGGAUACAAAUGGGCUCGGAACUACGAAGGGGCCUAUAGUGAAUGGUUCCACAAAGAAAGGCUUCGGAUGCGCAGGCUCAGCGGCCAUGGCUCACGGGCCCAGCUGCUCCACGGCAUGUGGGAUCCUCCCGGACCAGGGCACGAACCCGUGUCCCCUGCAUCGGCAGGCGGACUCUCAACCACUGCGCCACCAGGGAAGCCCAGAAGGUGGCUUAUUGAAUGCUCCCUCCACCCGCCCAUGGCCUCCUUCACUAAGAGUGAUGAAGGGGCUGACUUGCUGGGUUGGGCAACUUCUUAUAAUGCUGUGCACCAAAAGCAACAAAUAAAGAGCAGUUAAUUAAA